AUGUCUGAACUUAAAUCAGUAAAGGAUAAAGUGAUUAAUACUUUCACAAUAAAAAGCGGCUUUUUACCUGACAAAUUCAAAAAUCCUGCUCCAAAGCGAUUUUACGACAUGUUGCAAUAUAUCGCGCUUGAUAAAGAACUGCUGGAAACCUAUACUGAUACUACAGUCCUAAAAGUCAAUGCAAUUCGAAAGAUUAAAGAUCUUGUCUACGAAGUAAAGCCAACAGGAACAUCAAGAAAAGCAACGACAGGCCCUGCAGCUAGGUCAAAAGCAAAACCUGUGUCUGAAGAUG